AUGCGUGGGGGGGGAGCGGCGGGUGCUCGCCGCCGCCUUCCCUCCGUCUGGAAGAGACGCGGGUCCCGUGGGAAGGGUCCGGGGCCAACGGGGUUGGGGGGAAUUGCAUUUCACUGCUGGUUUCUCUCACAGCUGGGCUUCAACAUCCGGGGAGGAAAAGCCUCACAGCUGGGGAUCUUCAUCUCUAAGGUGAUCCCCGACUCGGAUGCGCACAGAGCUGGGCUGCAGGAAGGGGACCAAGUGCUCUCGGUGAAUGACGUGGAUUUCCAGGACAUUGAGCACAGCAAGGCUGUGGAGAUCCUGAAGACAGCCCGUGAAAUCACCAUGCGCGUGCGUUACUUCCCCUACAAUUACCAGAGACAGAAGGAAAGAACUGUUCACUAGUAGGCAGCUGGGUCUCCAGAGCGGCCACCCUACAAAAAAAAAAAUCUCCACUA